AUGUCGGCUCUCUAUUGCUCGCCUCCCUCUUUCCCUACCUUCCCGUCAUCCCUCCUCCUACCUCCUUGCUUCCGACAGGUUGGCGACAUAGUUCCUAAACGCAUAUUCGCCGCUCUCUUCGCCACAGGCGCUCUUUGCGGCACCCAUAUCGAGUAUCAGAAUAUUAAGCUUGGAGAUGUCAUUAGCACUUCGGAGACGGCAAAAUUUCAGAUCGCGAGGCUCACCGAAUACUUCAAAGGCCAACCACCGGCGUACAAGGAGCAGUACAUACAUUGUACGGAACCGAAGGGAUGGAUGAUCUCUGGAGCUCCGUGCUACACCACGCGCGAGAUUGCUUUCCCCAACGAGGACGGCAUUGAAAUUCUAAUCGAUGCUCACGAAGUCCGCGAAGAGAUAAGUGGCAGGGUGAAUGAGAACAUCGACGUCAAGGAGUCCCAUGUACGGAUCAAAACGAGUACCUUCGGUUGGCGAAACCAAACCGGGCUUAAUGGGGGUGGUGACAUUAGUGUCGGCUAUUCAUUUCCCGGCACUCAAGCCGGCGGUGCUUACGGCGGCGGCGGCGGCGGCGUUUAUGCGUCGAGCGAGAACGAGCAGAAAAAUGAAACUACAAACUUUGCAGCGUCCAGCUUUGGACCUAUAGAAUUAAGAUCCGCAGCCGCUGUCCCGUCGUGCCGACCGUCGACCCGGUCUGCUAUCGAAAUUGGAUCAACAACCAUAGAUCGGAUCGUGGCAAUUCGUGGUAUGAUGAGAUUGAAAAAUCUCCAAUAUUUAAGCAAAAGCAAUUGCUCAAUGGAAUGGGAUAUCGCAUCUAAAGGGUAUGUUAACUCCAUCUUCGACACGACAAAAACUAGCUGCCCAUCCGGAGGUCCAUGCGAGGUGUGGCAAAACGAAACGAUAUCUCCUCACAGCCAGGUUGACGGACUUUGGUGGCCUCUUGAGUCGCAGUAUUCGGUCAAGUACACCACGGACGAAGAAUGCGAACUCGAGUUUCCCGUAUUCGUGGAUGGCGAGAGAAAGAAGUCCCAGGUUGUCAUGCAGUACGCCAUGACGAACGCUUUAAGGGAGGCGCUGGAACAAGACAAGGAAUUCUCCGAGUUGGAGAAGGAGUACAAUAAGCUUACAGGGACCACGGCAGAAAAAGAAUCCGUCGGUAGCGGUACCGGGACGAAAUUCUCGACGGAAAACAACCGGAAUAGGUUAGGGAGUUACAGGAGAGUCCGUAAGCUAAAGGCUAGAUGGGAGGAUAUGAUCGGGGGCGAGGACGAGUAUAAGGGCGAGUAUCGGGACGAGGGUUAG